AUGGCCGGCAAGAGAAGACCGAAGAAGGCCAGAGCUCCAUAUCGAAAGUACGUGGCGGGUCAAGGGUUUGUGCAUACCUACGGGGUUUCCAGUACUGAGAGUUCAGCACACGAUGAAAGCGGUUUGUUCCCCGCAGACAGUGGGGUGCAGGUAUCUGACGAUGAUAUUGCGAGACGACUUGUUGAUAUGACACUUUCCGCAAGCGCAGCGUUUGCCGGUGGAGCGGCACCCAUACCGUAUCCCGGACACUCAAUGGUGCUUCCCUGGGAGCUGCAGUUUUUGGUUCUGUCCAAAUGCAAAACUAUUGAAACACACUUCAUGCAAGUGUGCAGGCGGUGGUAUAUCAUGUGUCUGCCAUUGAUCUACCGAGCACCAAGGCUCUCCAGCAAGAACUUCUACAAGUUUGUGGAGACACUGGUGGCAGCCCGUAAACAGAAUUACGGGCAAUAUGUCGUCGAUCUCGACCUGUCCAUGAUUAUCCAGAGCGGCAAAAACAGCUUUGUCGCGAAGGUCCUUCGCCGUUGCUCGCAGCACCUGGAGCAUUUCACGGCGCCGCAAACGAGCUUCGGUAUAGCCCCAUUGAUAUCUUUACGGUCGUGCUCCAACUUGCGAUACCUGGAUCUUGGUCUGCUUUCCGAGACUGUAAAGCUGAAGCAACUAUUUGAGGCCAUCAACGGGUUCCAGCACUUGACCCAUCUGUCAUUUCCGCGCUCUUCGAUCGCAUGCGAGGGCUUCCGAGAGGUGGCGUGGCCCCAGAGCCUGGUCUACCUGAAACUAAGUGGCGGCAUUACCAACGAGUUCAUUAGAGAAGCCGCGUUGCCGCACACUAUACGUACACUUGAGUUUUCUUUUUGUCCUCAAGUUGAUGAGCAUUCCAUCUACAUGCUGCUGUCCAAGACUGGCGAAUCGCUGGAAUACCUACGUUUCUACUAUCCAAUGCCUGCUCUCGGGGAUAAAUCGCUGGACUACGUGUUCCGCUAUUGUUCUAACCUUCUCGGGGUGCAGCUUGUAGUAGACUACUGUUCCAAGUGGGCUUUCUCAGAGCACCUGCUCUCGCCCCUUGCGUAUCCGCGACCGCUGCGUUCCAUUGUGCUUGAGUCGAGUGGCUCGCUGGGUCUGAGCUUCAAGAUACACCCCGAUGACAUCACAAUCGCAGUGGCAGAGGACAGGCUUCCCUGUAUACGGGAUGUGCGAAUUUCCAGCAGGUUGGGAUGGGAUAGUCACAGCUCGGACGUAGAAGAUCUAGUCUCGGUUCUGGACGACCGGGAUGCCAACCUGUAUGUAAAAUUUUAG